CUCGAGAGAUAUUGCAAGGCAAAACAAGUCUUCCCUUCAAAUACAUACUGCACGCUGGGUUAGAUUGUGAAAGUCAUUGAAUAUUAAAUAUUACUCGCCGGCAUUUUUUUAUACUUGUGUUCAAAAUUAAAAUGCAUAAUUGUACGAAGCAGCUGGGAUAAUCCAUCGGACAGUAUACACAAAACGUCUUAAACACACACAUGGAGAAUUUCAACGAGACUUAAGGUAAGACGAUAAAACUAUUAGCUAACAUUACUUUUUUACUGACAAUGCAUCAUAAAAUGUGCGCUGUGUUAAAUAAAACGUGUACAAUCUUGUACAUUUACAUGUUUCAUUUAGGAAGAUUAUAGUUAAAAGCGCAUGCAUUGUUUUGGUUGCUAAGGGGUGCAAAAUCUAUAGCAUGUGUAUAUCUUACUGUUGGCUACAAAAUAAUUCAAAAAACAGGACAAUUUAACAAAAAUGUACAGUUAGAAUGAAUGGUUAAAAUAUUGCAGUAAUACAAAACAUCAAUCUAUAGUAAUUUAAAAAAAUAUUUAUUAUAAUGAGCUGAUCUUAUAUAUACGAACUUUUGCUUUUGCAACUAAACUAAUGUCAUCUAGACGACAAUAAGAAACUUUAUAUUGAAUUCUAUUUGCUCACAAUCCAAAGGAGUCCUUGGGCUUAGCAAUUACAGGAUUCCUCGCAUUUGCGCCAUAUCAUCAAAGCUGCGUUAACAAGAACAGAAUGAUAUUUCUGUAUGCAGAUAUAACAAUUAUUUCAUUUUCACAGGGGUACACAAAGCAUUUAAAUUGUUCGUGAAUAUAGAGAUUACAAGGUUAUAAUACAAAAGUGCUGUCAGUAAUAUUGUCUAUUGCGAUCUUUUAUGAGAGCAGUUCCCUAUAUGAAAUACUGUGCAAGUUUGCAAGUGGCUAGUGCUAUAGCUAUAUGCUUAUUAAUUUGGACUACAGUAUAGACCUGUCUAGUCAUGCUAAGUACAUUUUUUAUUAAGUUUUUUUAUAAGAUACUAAACUGAAAACGUUUUAUAGCAUUUGUAUAAUUAUAUUCUAUUUGUAAAUUUUGUAAAUUCGUAGCAUUAUAUAUACUACAGGAGUACUGCCCUUUCGAUUGCUAUGAUGUAAAAAGCGCAUUGAAAAGCUGUUUGUUAUUCAGUACUACAGGAGUACUGCCCUUUUGAUUGCUAUGAUGUAAAAAGCGCAUUGAAAAGCUGAUUGCUAUGAUGUAAAAAGCGCAUUGAAAAGUUUGUUGAAAAGCUGCCCACUCUCCUCUGCAAUCUGCAACGCUACUAUCCCAACAUUUCUAUUAUUUGAGAUGGCCGAAUCUGCAUGUUCGCCGUUCUGUUACGUUUUACAUUUUUUCUUUAUAAAGUUUACGUCGGCUUUUUAUCACGUAUGCGUGACUGGACAGUUGCUGUAGCACAGUACAGUAAAUUUGCUUGUUAAAGUACAGUACAUCUGAGAAUAUGGCUGUAUAACAACCUCGACAUGCUUACAUAUUUGACCAUGACAUUAAACUAAAGCAUUCUGAGUAUUUUCUCGUCACAAAUCAAUUAAAUCGUUUCAAGAAAUCGACACGCGCUAACAGUAGAAGUUCGGCUAAUCGCUAUUCGAAAAAUAGAAAAUGUAUGGUCAAGCAGAUUGUUGAGGCUUUAGUGCUAUACUGCAUGUGGUUCAUAAAGUUCUUAAAAUUAACAAAAAAAUGUUAUUCAGCUAUCAAAGAUCCCUAAAUGACGAAUACAAAAGACAAGAAAGACUACCCAUCAAAAAUCUCGUAUGGAUUCACGCCGGCACGGAAGAUUGGCCGGGGCAGAAGCGAACUACCAACAAUCAUGCCUCAGAGACGAGGACUCCGACCGAUCGAUGCCGCUCUUGAAUCCCACAAAACACGAGAAAACAAACGAAACGCCGUGAUGAAGAAUUACUUCGAAUCGAAACAACUAGUAUCGUUCAACAAACAUCUCGAUGUUAUGAAAGCGGUGUAUUUUGAGAAGAUGAAACGAGAAAAGCUCCGCGUGGGAAGAUCUCUGUGGGAACUCGAGCAGAGAAAACGUAAAAUAAUGCGGCAGAUAUACGAACAUCCUUGCACUGACGUGAACAAUGCCAGAAAUCCAGCCUUGUUUUAUUUCACGCAAGAGAAAGCGCGGAGAAAGUCGAGAAAACGUGAAAAUAAAGAAUUCGAGAGUAAAACAUGAGAAACAUAUCAUUUAAGAGAACUAGGUGUAAAAAAUAAAUAAUUAUUCCUUAAUAGUUGAUACCAUAUCUUAUUUCAAAUAAAUGAAAACAUGGAUUGAGAAAGGCGCGAGAAAAAGUUCAGAAAAUAUUCGAUAUAUAAGUUCAAGAAAAUAUGAAAGCUUGAAAGAGCAAAAUAGCUAUAGAAUGUUUGAGCGAGUAUAUACAGUAUAUAUGUAUUAGCUGUUUUUAGCAAGGAUGUUUAUAAUUUAUAGAGUGUAUGGUAAAUAUGCAUUAAUCAUAUACAUUUACUUCAAAAACUCAUUAAUAAUUCAUGAGGAAAACACAAAGAAAAACCAUAAGCGUGUCGUAUCUUUAUAUGUGAUAGAGAAUUCCCUUGACUUACAUAAACUUUAACUUUAACAUAAUUUUCUCGACUUACACAACGUAUUUUUUGAAAAUUACUUCGUCAAUGAACUUACUAGAUCGAUCGUUUUUGAAGCAAUUUAAAACAUUCGCAGUGCGUGCUUUAUCAGACCUAAAGAUACUCGGCUUCGCCUCGUAUCUUUAUAUGCGGCUUGUUUUAAAUAGUACGCGUGUAUAAGUAAUAGUGUAUGUAUCGCCUGGCUAUGGGUGGGGGAUUCCAUUCUACAAGGUUAGCACUAUUUUCCAUCCAGCAAACUGACCUGAUGUCAUUUUCGCAAGAUAGAAGAGGUGUUAAAUGGCCAUGUAACUAACCCAAACCCAACCUCAACCCUAACUCUAACUCUAAC